AAGGCAGCUCUCUUCUUUCAACACCAACCCAUUCUUCUCUCUCCCUACAUCUUCAUUCUGCUCGUCGCCUGUAAUAUUUGCAAUCCGAUAAGUGACAACCUUUUUAGAUCGCUACAGCUGUGCAAGCCUCCGCUACCAUGGAGCCGACACUUCCGUCUAUCAUCUUUCUCUGCAAGGAUUUCGCGUUCAGCGUCCUUCAAUCGGCCGCUCGAGCACAGUCACCAAAGCUUGCAGCUUCUCUAGAUGCCGCAAAUAAUCCAUCUCAGAAUCCAGUUGUCACCGUGAAAGAGUUCUCUCUGGACACGGUAAACUGUAUGGUUGAAUUCUUCAAGACCGGAUGCUAUGAAGUUGACCGAAGGAACUUUCCAUGUGUGCUGCAAGCCGCUGGAGGUGUACCGGCUCUGGACCGUUACAUGCGCGAUGAAUUAACCUGCCAUCUUCAAAUUAGUGCCAUCGGCAAUCACUAUGGUGUUUCAAAGCUAUGCGAACUUGCUAGGGACAACAUCCAGAAGGUCUUCGCGAGGGACUGGUAUGAUUCGGUUUUCCUUUUCACUACCGCCAUUGUCUUGAAGUCAAAGGACGAUAAGCUGCAGAAGAUGCUUCUUAAUCUUGCGAGGGGGCACUUGCAUUCUCUGACCACUUCGAACGGUUUCGACCAUGUGACGAUGCUCAAAAGUUUCCAUCCCAAGUUCCGAGAGCAAGAUGAUAUUCCUCAGCAAAACGGAGAUCAAGUCAAACCCGCACCAGCUCAGGCAAGCCAGAGAGAAAGCUCCACUGAGCUCGAGUCGCUCCGAACCCAAGUCGCGUCUCUUCAACAGCAAGUAGACACUGUCUGCACUGAGCGAGACCAACUUCGAGACCAGGUAUUGGCUAUUGCAGCUGAGAAGGAAGAACUCCGACAGAAUAUUUCAAAUAUUACCGUUGAACAAACCCAGUCACAGGGCGAGGAACCGGCUACUUCAUCUAAGAAAGAAGAGCUCCGGCAGAGAGUCGCUACUGUUUCCGCUGAACGGGAUGAUCUUCAGCGGCGCCUGGGUAAUGAGAGAAAUAAGGCUGCCCAGUCAGCUUUGAAACUAUCGGAAACCACCAAAACACUCGGGGUGUUUCAACAGGAUCUACGAGUGGUGACAUCUGAGAAGAACUUGCUCAGAUCUCGAUGGCAGGAUGUGAAAGAAAAGCUGUCCACCUUGAGCAAAGAGCAUGACGAAUUGAAGAAGACACAGGACAGCGUCUUGACAUCUGCACGUGGCGAGCUUCGAAAUGCUCUGAAAGAUGAACAAAAAGAAUCAUCGAAGCUUUCUGCCCAACUCAUUCGAACCGUAAAGGAACUCGAGACACGCAAGAAAUCAGCCGAAGCCAUUCAAGAGUGCAUCAGCGUCAAGAAAGACCUGGAAGCGGAGAAGAGAAAACGACAAGUCGGAAUGUCUCUAGCUGAGCGAGACCAAAUUCAACAAGCUCUGGGAGCAGAGAAAGAAAGGAUUAAGGCCCUCACAAAGGAGCGAGAUGAUGCAAAAACACUAGCGUCCAGAAAUUUCGACAAGGACAAGCUUGAUUCGUUUCUCGAAUACAUUGAAGACAUCGAUAAAUGCCGCAAUCGAAGAUGCAAGGCGAGUUUUGGUGCAUACAUCGAGCUUGAUGGCGGCGAGCUGACACUCAUUGCGCGCUAUUCAUCUCCGAGUCACUAUCAUUGUCCUGAGACCGACAUGUCACCCAACAACGAAAAGUACGUCGUCUUCGACAUCGUCGGGACCUGCGUCUCGUACGACAAGCUCAUAGAAGCAGUCGAGAAACAACUCGGUGAAAAGCUACUGGCCGAAAAUGUGAAGCCCAAUCUUCUCGUGAACCUCUGGAUUGAAGCCGCUGAGCGUGAAUACACGUACCUUUCAAUCACCAACCGCUACAUCGCAUUCGACAAGCUCUUCUCGUCCCUUUUUUAUCGCAUGCUCUGGCUCGCAGGCAUCCAGGAGCCACGCUCCUUCGCAAGUGAGGGUGAUAUUGAGAAGAUUACGCAAGGGUACAUGGAACUUGAGCCAAGACCUGAUCUCAAGGAGUGUUUCGAUAAGCUUCGCGCAGCGGGGUUCACGGUGCGUGGUCUGACAGCUGGGGACUUUGAUAGAGUGCUUGGAUACUUUGACAAGGCGGGCAUUGAGUUUCCGAGGGAGCAUCUGAUUUCUUGUGACUCGUUUGGAGUAGGUAAGCCGGAUCUCAAGGCAUAUGCCUCGACUUUUGAGGAGUUGAAGGGAGCCCAAGAGCUUUACUUCGCCGCAGCCCAUAUGUGGGAUGUUUCUGCCGCAAAGUUAGUAGGGUUCAAGUCUGCGUAUUGCUCUGUGCUGGAGAAAGAGCCCUGCGUGGACAUCUUUGGGGAGAUGGAUGUUAUGUCGGAUAGUCUGAGCGAGAUGGCUGAUAGGAUUAUUCAAGCUACAUCUUAAGCUGUCUACAUAAUAACAUGCCAU